GCGCAGAGGGAGCAGCAGCAGCAGCAGCAGCAGCAGCAGCCUGAUCUGGAAUCUGUGCCCUAAGUCUCAAUGAGCACCUGUAAGACUGUCAGUCCCUCCCCUCAGCUCUCUCCAUGGAUGUCAUCCCUGACUUGACAACAGGUACUUGUGAGGUCCCAGACAAAGUAAUCCGUCCAGACCUCGGCGAGCUGGCAGGAGAGUCAGAGCAGAGCUCCUUCAGCGCCUCGCAGUCUCAAGAAAUUGCCGCCAAAGCGUCUGCAGACAUGGGUCGACAAGAGGCCGACUAUGUGUGGAAGAAGAACACUGAAAACAUCCAGGAGAUAUUCGACAUCAUGGAGGAGCUGGGAUCGGGAGCGUUCUCAGAGGUGUACAUGGUGAAGGAGAAGGCGACGGGAAAGAUGUUUGCCAUGAAGUGUGUGAAGAAGAAACAGAAAAGAGACCUCAAUCUGGAGAACGAGAUCGCCGUGCUGAGAAGAAUCCAGCAUGAAAAUGUCGUCGGGAUGGAGGAUUUCUAUGAAAGUCGGACCCAUUACUACCUUGUCAUGCAGCUUGUUUCAGGCGGUGAGCUCUUUGACCGUAUUCUGGACCGGGGGGUUUACUCGGAGCAGGAUGCCAGCAGAGUGAUCCAGCAGGUGCUGCAGGCCGUCAGCUAUCUGCACCAAAACGGCAUCGUGCAUCGUGACCUCAAGCCAGAAAACAUCUUGUACUAUAGCCCGGACGAGAACUCCAAGGUCAUGAUCAGUGAUUUUGGCCUCUCCAAGAUGGUAGACAACGACAUCAUGUCGACGGCUUGUGGCACCCCAGGAUAUGUAGCUCCUGAAGUUUUGGCACAGAAGCCCUACAGCAAGGCAGUGGACUGCUGGUCUAUUGGAGUUAUCACCUACAUCCUGCUCUGUGGAUAUCCCCCUUUUUACGAAGAAAGUGAGUCGAGACUGUUCUCCAAGAUCAUGAAGGCGCAGUAUGAGUUCGACUCGCCCUUCUGGGAUGACAUCUCCGAAUCUGCUAAAGAUUUCAUCCGUAACAUGAUGCAGAAGAAUCCCAGCAUGCGUUACACCACCGACCUGGCCCUCAGACAUCCCUGGAUUAUCGGAAAGACGGCUCGGAGCCAGGACAUCUACUAUUCUGUCAGUGUUCAGAUCCAAAAGAACUUCGCCAAGACCAAGUGGAAGCAAGCCUUUAACGCUGCCGUAGCCAUCAACCACAUGAAAAAGCUGCAGCUGGCCCACUCAGAGCUCGCCCUGAGGCAGGCCAGCAUCCCAGACAUCAACGUGAUCGAUGUGUCCUCCCCAACAAAGAGCCGCAAACGUCUGGAUCCAGACAAGCUGGACCAAAACGUGGCGAUGGAGAUGAACGGGAAAGUACAGGGGGCGCAUCACAUGUCCCUGCCCACGAGCCAAGUUGAACUGAAGAGCCAUUUCCACUCACUGAAGGCCACUCAGAGUCAGCGCGACGGGCACCACGCGCCCACCAUAGCUGAGCAGGGCAAGAACGUCUACCACUCCGAGCCCGCCAACCUGAACGGGUGCGGUAAGAACCAUAGUGGUAAACCUGUGCAGACCGGAGUCUGCUCAGUGAUGUGAAGGCUGCAUGAAGUUUACAUGGAGAAAAAAAACACAUUUUACUUGGUCAGUGUUGCUGUGCUGACUCAGCAUGCGGCUGUUUUGUGUCAGCAGGUCCUUAACCCGGUGCUGAGAAAGAGAAGUGGUUAAAUCCCAUGGACGGACCCGUAAACGGUCUGCUAGGUCCACACAGUCGGUGGGACUUUUUUAUUUUUUUUUGGAAAGAGUGCCUAUGAAGCUUCCUGACAAACACACACACACAAACACACAAAGACACACACACAUACAGAUGCACAAGACUCACUUUAACUCAGACUUACAGGGUAGACUUCAGUUAAACAGGACGAGCUCAGACAGUAUUUGAGGGAUUGGGGUGUGAUGGGGUCGUGGCUCACCCUGCUGCUGGGCUGCAACAUGAACGUCCGGCUUAUUGAUGGUGAAGCGGCCCCUGACCUCUGAGGUCAUGAAGGCUUUUUGAUCAGGGAGAGUUCAAAUAGAGCACUUAGUGUCCAGGCGGAUUAGGAUCACGGUUACAUGUUGCUUGAAAAAAAAA